UCCAAUAUGUCUGCCUCCAUUGGUAGUGUAUUUAAUGAUAUUGCAGAAAUUAAAAACUAUACCUACAUUAAUGAAGGUCUGCAUUCAGGAAGAAUUGAUGCUCAGUGUGAAGCCAUUGUCAAAUUUCCAAAAUUGUUUGAAAAAUAUCCGUUUCCAAUCUUGAUCAAUUCUGCAUUGUUGAAGUUGGCAGAUGUCUUUCGGACUGGAAACAACUUUAUCCGACUUUGUAUCCUAAAGGUCACCCAGCAGAGUGAGAAACAUCUUGACAAGAUUUUGAACGUCGAUGAAUUUAUUCGUCGCAUUGUCACAGUCUUGCACAGCAAUGACCCUGUUGCCAGGGCAAUUGCAUUGCGAACACUUGGCAGCAUUGCUUGUAUAAUCCCAGAUAGAAAGAAUGUCCAUCACAGCAUUGCUGUUAGUCUUGAUUCCCAUGAUCCUGUUGAGGUGGAGGGAGCCAUAUUUGCUGCUGAAAAAUUUUCUGAUCAGUCAAAAACAUUUGCUGCUAGUAUUUGUGGCAAGAUUGCCAAAAUGAUAUCAGCGAUUGCAACUCCUGUCGAUAUGAAACUGAAACUGAUUCCCAUACUGCGACACAUGCAUCAUGACAUUACCACGGCAACCAAGGCGAGAAAUGUGUGCCUGUCUCUGCUGGAGAGUUUUCCCGCUGAGAGGUUUGUGACUCUAACGCUGACCACGAUGUCGCAACUUGCCGCAGACUCACUGCUGGACCUUGAGAAACAAGUUCUUCUUUUAGUGACCUACAUAGAGACUGACCCUCGCCAUUCUGUCAAGAUGGUCGCUCUUCGAGAACUAAAAAUCUUGGCCAAGAAAGGUCCCCAUCUCUGGCAGGAAGAUGUUGUUGAGGCUGUGAGCAAGUUUGUACUGCAUAUUCCUUCAGUAAAACUGAAAGUGUGUGGUGUGGAGGUACUUGUGGCUAUCUGUAGCUCUGUUGCAGUACAGUUAGUGACUUUUACUGCAGAUUCCAAGUUGUUUGCUGUUUGUCAACAAUAUUGUUACCAUGACAACUUGACCCUUGCCACCAGGACUGUCCACUUGCUUUCUCAGUUAGCAAAAUCACAGAAUUGCCCCAUUGACCUAGUUGGAGAUGCUGUUAGUGCAAUACAAACACACAUCAUUCUUCUAACAGGGGAGGAAUCCAAAACACUGCAACGAGAACUCAAGCUGUGUUUACGGUGUGUGAUUGAACUGUGCCACUUAAAGCCAGCUCUGGGCUCCAGUUUUGUUGACACUAUAUCAUAUCUUCUACCAACAACAAGAGACUUGAAGGCUGAAAUUCUCAGUGAAGCUUUGGCUGCUAUUGGAUCUCAGAACAGCCAGGCACUGGAGUGUGCUGUGCCUAUUAUUACCAGUUGUUUGGAAAACUGUCUCGAAUCUAACGAGUUUAUAUCACAGAAUUUUCAAUUAAAUCUGUGCACUCUGGUGUACCAAGCUGCAAGAGGUGGUAAAAUCCCAUGUGAAAUCCAUGAGCUUGUUGUAACCUGUGCAGGUCAUGCAGACCACUGGGUAGCCUACAAGAUGGUUCGACAGGCCAUGCGAUACGGACAGUAUCAAAUUGCUGGAGACAUUGUUAAACUGUUGACACAAAAAGUUGCUUCAGAACACCUCUAUUAUUGGCUUCUGGGAUUGAAUCAUGUUUGCAGUGCAGAGGCAAGACUCCGACAGACCAGGGAAGACAACUCUAAUUUGUUACAGUGUGUGUCAGAAAGUUUGGAGUUGUAUCAGAAAGGAUUGGCAUCGUUAAGGGCUGGCUGCACGCCCAUUUUCCCACUCAAGUUCCAGUGUUCGUAUGUGGAGCUGCGCAUCAGUUUGUUACAGGUUCACAGCCAGCUGAUUCUGGCCUGUAACACUCUGCGCACCUCGCCUCCCCCAGCCAUUGCCACAGCUCUAGCGUCAAACAAUGGACAGGAGGGCACGCGACUCAGUGGAAUUAUUAAACAGCUGGAGAAGACUCUAGAGCUGUAUGAAGAAGUGAGUCAUAAGAUUUCCGAGGUCUACUGGUCUUCAUUCGACGCUGACUGCCAGUCUCUUCACAACGUGGACAUUCUUCGUCAGAGUUGUGACAGUUUGAAAGCAGCUGUAACAUCCAUUGUUUCCACAAUGCAAACUGGAGCGAGUUCUCAGGGAGAACGACAAUUGUGGACGGGUGGGGGUGAAGUCAUUGAUAAAGGGGUGUCGGUGGAGGCGGCACUUCAGAGUCUGUCGAGUGGUCUGAAUGAAGUGAUGAACACUUCAACAGCAACUGUUGAUGUCACCAGCAAGAUUGACUUCAUUACUCAUUCAGCCCAGGCAUUGAUAAAAUCCAUUCACAGUUAUCCACGGUACUUCUUCCAGACACUUCAGUCAACAGCUGUCAAACUGGCAGUUUCCCCACAACAGAAUGCCAACAUGGAGCCGAUACUGGUUCAUGCGGAGACCCAUCUCACUCUGAAGGUCGAGGGGGUGAUUCAGCAUGGAGGCAGACCGGCGUUCCGACACGUACACACAGUGUGUAUCUCGGUGUCAUCCAACAUACAGUCUCGCAGCACUGUCGUCCCCACAAACACAAAGGUUAACGAGAUAACAACACAAUUCCUCAGUCAGGCUGUUGAACCUCACAAUGAUUAUUUCAGUGUAAACUUUCUGCUUGCGUUUCCUGUGCUUGGGAUUCACUCAGUGAUAAUAGAGGCAGCGGUUCUUGAUUCUAGUGGUGCCACCUGGAAGACUGGGCCCAGAACUAGCUUGACGAUCAAGUCUUUUGACGAAUCACUGCAGAGACAGCAGCAACAAGCUCGCUAUCAAGCCAGAGCAGGGUCCAGCAUGCAGAAAACGGCUGUUUAAUGAGCAUGGCUUUAAAUAGGGACUAAAACUAAUUUUUUGUAAAAAUUUAAUUUCAGCCAGUAGUCUGAAAUUGAAUAAAAUAACAAUUAAGAUUUCUUAAGCAAGUCUUAAAACAUACUUUUUAAGAGUCUACUACUGUGAGAAUAAAAGAACAUCAGCAUAUAGUUGCUUUGUUUUGUAGUAAAUUCAACUACAUUGGAGACUUGAUAAUUUUUUUUCACGAUCGUGUUCAUGUUUGGUUAUUUAAUGUAUACACAAGCUAAGAUUCCAACUUGUUUAGUUUUAAUGAACAGUCAUGUGAAUAUAGCAAUACUGACCUAUAGGUUGAAGGACUAGUAGAGAUUGUUUUUCUAGCUGGUCUGGUAGACUAGUGAGAUUUUGUUAAUUUCUGUAUCCUUGUCAAGGAUACUGUUUUUACACCAAAUAGUCGUAGCAUAAAAAGGCAUCAAGAUGUCUGUUUGGGAUCAUGUCUGACAGAACAGAGCUGAGGAAACUUAGAAAGGAAAGGAAGGAAAUGGGGUUUAUUUAAUGGCACACUCAACACAUUUUAUUUAUGGUUAUAUGGCGUCGGAACCAAGGGAACAUACAGCGGACUCCAGGACAUGUCACAAUAUACUGGAUAAGAUUUUACUAACUUAAUGCUGCUAUACAUUUGAAUUUUAUUUUAAUUAAGCACAUCUUUUGCUGCCCAACAAAGAGUCAAAUAUUGUGAGACUCUUUCAAGAAAUAUUUGGACAAGACCAGCACAAAAUGGAGGACACUUUGUUAUAGGACAAGUGGGUGUUGAGCCAUGUACAGCAAAUACCAAUUUAUUUUUCACUGA